UUAGCUACCGUUAGCCACCUUCACGAACUUGACGAAAAAAUAGGGUUUUAAACAGUUAUUUUAGGGUUCGUUUUUUAUUAAGGAUAAGCCAACAAGAGCACGAUGAAGCAGCUGAACCAUCCUGAAACUCCACCGUCCAUCACUCUGCGAAUCGGCUCUGCUGUAGCUCACAGUCUGCAGCUCCGCAGGGGUCUGCGUAUGAAGCGUCCGAACGUCCAGAAGCCCAAAGGCCCACCGGGCAAAAGCCAGAAUAACCGACCGAAUCACGGUCAGAUCUCCUGUCUGAGCAGGCAGCCGUGGAGCCCGACGCUUGUCAUCCAGCGCCAAGAAAUGGCGGCCUUUUUUAGGCUCUUCGAUGACGACCUUAUCCAGGACUUUCUGUGGAUGGACUGCUGUUGCAAAGUUACAGACAAGUAUUUGCUUGCCAUGACGUUUGUGUAUUUCAAGAGGGCACGUUUCAGCAUCGGUGAGCACAGCAGGAUGAACUUCUUUAUCGCUCUUUACCUGGCGAACACCAUGGAGGAGGAUGAGGAAGAGGCGAAGUAUGAGAUUUUCCCCUGGGCGCUGGGGAAGAGCUGGAGGAAGCAGUUCCCCCGUUUCCUGAAGCUGAGGGACAAGCUGUGGGCUCGGAUCGAGUACCGAGCUGCUGUGAGCCGCCGCUGCUGUGACGAGGUAAUGGGCAUCGCUCCGUCUCACUUCAUCUGGCAGCGGGAGCGGGCGGCGCACCACAGCGGGGCUCAGCGGCAGUACCGAGACCCGGAGCAGGUACAGAUCCCCCGUGGCCCUGCCGCCUCUCCCGAACCCUGCGCCCUCUGCGCCAAAGCCUCGCACCUUUCUUCAUCUUCUACGCCCCCUCUGCCCAUCACGCUGACCCUGGGCCUGCAGGAGACGCCGGCGCCGCGGGCCUCCUGCUACUGUACCCAUAAUCCUGCGGGUGAGAGAGUGAAGCACUGCACUGUACUGUACUGGGGAGGUGGGGAACAGUGGAAUAGUUGCGACUGUUUGGGUCAAAAUCAAGUCACAGUAAGAAUAACAUUCUGAUGUCUUUAAAUACGUUGAACUUUUUAAUGUUUUAUAAUUAUUUUUUUGUCUGCGCUUCAUUUUUUGGGGUGGGUCGGGACCCAGGGUUUGAGGAACACAGGGGUAGCGUAAUAGACCGCUGCACCAAAUAAAAAGGUUUUGUUAUAUCCAUUGUUACGAUGAUAAUAAAGCUAUCGUGUGUUGUCUGUAAA